AUGUUAGCUGAAGGCAGUAGCUCUCCACAUCCACUUAUCACGGCUUCUCCCGGGGCGCUCCUCCUCUACUCCUCUUACUUCUUCUCUCUCUGCUCCUCCUCUCUCUCCUCUUCUCCUCCUUUCUCCUCUCUCUCUCCGUCUCCCUCCUCUCUCCUCCUUUCGGUCCCUCCCCCUCUCUCUCUCCUCCUCUCUCCUUCUCCCUCCUCCUCUCUCUCUCCUCCUCUCUCCUCCCUCCUCCUCUCUCCUCUCUCUCCUCUCUCCUCUCUCUCCUCUCUCCUCUCCCUCCUCUCUCUCCUCCUCCUCUCCUCCUCUCUCCUCCCUCCUCCCUCUCCUCUCUCCUCCCUCUCUCCUUCUCCUCUCCUCUCUCUCUCCUCUCUCCUCCUCUCUCCUCUCUCCCUCUCCCUCCUCCUCUCUCCUCUCCUCUCUCCUCUCCUCCUCCGCUCUCCUCCUCCUCCUCUCUCUCUCUCCUCCUCUCUCUCCUCCUCUCCUCCUCCUCUCUCCUCUCUCUCCUCCUCUCUCCUCUCUCCUCCUCUCUCCUCCUCCUCCUCUCUCCUCCUCCUCUCUCUCCUCUCCCUCCUCUCCUCCCUCCUCCUCUCUCUCCCUCCCCUCUCUCCUCCUCCCUCCUCUCCUCUCUCCUCCUCCUCCUCUCUCCUUCACCUCUCUCCUCCUCUCUCUCCUCCUCCUCUCCUUCCUCCCCCUCCUCUCUCCUCUCUCCCUCCUCCCCUCUCUCCCUCCUCCUCUCCUCCUCCCCUCCUCCUCUCUCUCACUCCCCUCUCUCUCCUUCCUCCUCUCUCCCUCCUCUCUCCUCCUCUCCUCCUUCUCCUCCUCCUCUCCUCUCCUCCUCUCUCUCCUCCCUCCUCUCUCCUCUCCUCCCCUCCUCUCUCCUCCUCUCCUCCUUCUCCCUCCUCCUCUCUCCCUCUCUCCUCCUCUCUCCUCUCCUCUCCUCCCCUCCUCCUCCUCUCUCCUCCUCUCUCCUCUCCUCCUCCUCUCCUCCUCCUCUCUCCUCCUCUCUCCUUCUCCCUUCCCUCCUCCUCCCUCUCCCCUCUCUCCUCUUCCUCUCUCUCCUCCUCCUCUCCUCUCUCCUCCCUCUCCUCCUCAUCGUCUCUCUCCUCCUCUCUUUCCUAUGCCUCCCUUCUCCUCCUCCUCUCUGAUCUCUCCUUCCUCCCUCCUACCUCUCUAUCUCCUCCUCUCGUCCUUUCUCCCCUCUCGUCCUUUUCAUCCUCCGCUCCCGUCCCUUUCUCUCUUCUCUCUCUCCUCCCUCCCCUCCUCCUCUUCUCUCUUACUCUCUCUCGAUCCUCCUCCGCUCCUCUCUCCCUACCUCCGUCUCUUCCUUCUCUCCUCCUCCUCACCAUCCUCAUCCUCGGGUCUCUCUCCUUCCUCUCGUCCUUCUCCCUCCUCCUAACUCUCUCCUCUCCCCUCCUACUCUCUCCGCUCCUCUCUCCCGCCUCCGCCUCCUCAAGUCCUCCCUCCAUCCUCUCUCCCCUCGCUGGUGUGACCCACCUUCCGCGCUUGUGGAUGUUCUGGAUGUUUCAUUCGUGA